GCUGCAGCGUUAGGCGCGUGGUCUAAUAAUCUUGGGCUUCGUGGAAAUCCCGUUGUUUCUUGAGAAUUUGUAGAAUAAGAUUAUUUCAGUUAACUGUUGGUGCUUUUCAAGGACCACUUGAAUGUCUCACAAACAAGGGAAAUUGAGUCCUAAUACUCCUCAGACAAACCCAAAUGCUAUUAACCGUAAUGCGGGCCUUCAUGCACUGGAAUAUGAAGAAGCUAUGGAAGUCGAACAACCCUUGAGUGAUACUUCAGAACACGAUCCAUCCUCAGAUGCAAGUCAGGAUGAACAACACCCUUGGUUUUAUAAUGCUACUGUCAAAGGAUGCUGCGGGACAACUUGUGAACAAACAGAUGCUUCGGUUGAUGCCUUUGACGAAAAUGACGAAGCAAGAGCUUCAGGAGUUAUUGAAGGUGUCUUCGAAAACAUUUUACAUCAGAAAGUAUGUUUAUUUCAUUUUGACUGAAUCUUUUGUUCAUUACGUUUGUACCCUGAUCCCGUGUUUGACAGAUUAUGUAGGUGUCAUAUAUUUUUUGCGUAGUAAACUUUUAAAAACUCAUCACUGAAAGUUACUAUGUACAUAAAGGACCUUAGACUACUUAAACUUUCAAGUAGUAUCUGUUUAAAUAAUAGUUACAAUUAGUACUGCUUGGUAAGUUGAAGGCGUUGAAAGAUUGUUGGGGAUGUUAGAUCCCCAGAAACUCACUUGGUAAAUGUCUCAUUUUUAUAAUGCUAUUUUAAAAUUUGAAUUUCUUGUUUGCUCACUAAAAGCACCAAUUUUCACCUUCAUGUCAUAUUUCCCACUUGGGUGGAACUUAAAUGUUAUUGGUUUGUGGUCUCUUUUAAUAUGUUUUUGUAACGUUUCCCAAAGACGUUUUUAUGCUGUAUAAAUACGCUUGAGUUGUGCUUAUUGUUGUUGUUCGUGCUUCUGGCUGCUUGUGGAAUAGAUUUCCCUCUUCUGAGUCUGGACUUCUCUCUCUAGUUAGGGGGGCUGGGUCGCAUCGGAAGAGUUAGCUUAUUGGUCAUUGUGUCACUGAGUUUUCGUUCCGUUCGCAGAUUAGGUGAACUCGUGACUUCUUCAAACAUAGCAAUGAUGUUGAUAGAAUAUCCCGUUUUUAUCGUAUUUACGUUGGUAUCGAAUAGAAUUCUUGGAAACCCACUGGCUAAAAUGAGUUUAAUGCGAACUGAAACCAUAGAUAAGUUUACUGUUAAAAGGUGUAAAUGAUCUGUGAUGUCAUCUUAACUUCGGUUUAUAAGCCGAAAUAUACCUUAAGCGUUUCAAACAUUCUUUCAUGACCGACUACUUUAACCAUCCCAUAGAUAUUUAGGUAGUCUGUCUACAUUGACUUUUCAUGAAACGAUGGACAGCUACCGAUGUUUUCUAGGAUAAAACCCACAUUUAAGAUGUCUGCAUUUUCCUUGCGAAGCUAUUGAUUAGUCGGUGCAUGAUAGUUUUCAGUAUAGGGUUGUGGAUUGCUUAAAGUUAAGCACCAAUACUGUUGGAUCGGGGUAUAUUAGUCUUGAUGUUAGUCGUUCGACCCGGGACCGGAAGUCCUGUGUUCGAUUCCUGUGUGUGACCGUAGAUGCUCACUUUCAAGAGUAUCAUACUAUUAUACUUUAUCGGUACGGUGGGUAUGUUUUGAUAGUUAGGCUCAGCAUCUAUUUAUCGUAAUAAUUGAUUAACCAUUACGGAAUUUCCUGUGUACGAAGUUAGCUUCUCGCAUUUUACUUAGAGAUUGAUGAAGGUUUUCUCUGUCAGAUUAAAAUAGUUGCAAAAAGUCUUGAUAACUAGAAUUAUUUGUUAUAAAAACGAGAACUAGAAGUGAAAAUACAGAAGUGCUAUUUUCUGUUAGAUGAAACUAACUAACCAUUUUCUUGUUUGCCCACGCUUACUGUAUCAUAAAAAACGACGUACGAAUUGGUCGUUUGUCAACCAUUGAAGCUUGUAGAUGUUUCUAAAUACGGUUUCACUAGUUCAACCUUCACAUAUAAAUAUGGUUCUCCUGAAUCGUUGCGAAUGCAUUAUGCAGUAUUCAUUCAUAAUACUAAGUGCUACUGUCUGCUCUUUGGUUUGAAACAGUUAUUCUAGGUAUUAUUUAUAUUUUCUUACGCCCUGAUGAAUAAAUUUCCUUUUUUUCAAACGUUUUCAGCAAAGUGCCGCACGUGCAGACGUUCGCGUAAGUGUUUUCUAUAUUCAAUAUGUUUUGGCUUUUCUCAUUAAUUUGUGAUUAUUUCUGAACAAUAUAAAAAGUCAGUUGCCCGCUACUCGUAACCCAGCACAUCUUUCUAUCGGUUCAGGUUGCCAAACUGCUUUAUCAAUGCAAGAUGUAACUAUCUAGAUAUAUGCUAAAUUAAAAGUAGUAAUAGUAUCAGCAGUAAUAGGAAAAAUUAGACACUGAAGGUAAAAAGAAUGAGUUCACAGAACAACAUGUAUAAAGUAAUUUUAAAACUUAUGAUCUACGAGGAGACAGAGUGAAUGCAUCUGUACCCUUUUGGUUGGUUAUGAUAAAUGAGCGAACCCCAACCGGGUUCCAUGUACCUACUAAGGGUGCCAGUAAUAUUUGACAUUGUCUAUAAGUAUACAGAACACGAUGUUUAAUUCCCCUAGUUUAUCUAGUUAUCGUAUCAUUUUGACUUGUAAGCCUAAUUUUUAUUUUCACUUAUACUUCUGAGAGGUCAAAGUUGUAUUAGCCAUUGUACAGAAAUGAUGAUCUUUACCGAUGUGCUAUAUUAGAAUGAAUAAAUUUUUUCUGGUGUUUUCACAACUGAGUAUGUCAUACGAUAUUACCUAAAAUGCACCCACUUACAUAGUGGACCUAUCCGUCUGAAAGACACGAUUGUAUUUUUAUAGCGCGCUUAUAUUAAUAUUGAUAAUCAAUGAAGACGGGUAUUAGACUACCUAAUUAACAACUUCUUCAUAUGAAGUUAAGAGUAAUUUUCGGUCAGUGAGCGUACACUAUCAAGUUGAAAUGAUACAUGCUCGGGAAUCUUAAGACUAAACAAUAGUCCAAUUGGAGUUUAAAGUGGUACAGAUCAGUAGAAGCAAAGCAUUUUCAUUAUGUUGAAAGGUAUAUCUUAUAACUCUUCGUAGUAUUUUCUGUAAUUAUUAUGAAAAGAUGACAGUCCAUGAAUACUGUUUAUAGUAAAUGAAUAUCGAAGUGGAAUUUCUCAGUCUUACAAAACGAAAUUUUGUAAAUAUUUACUUCUGUCAUUCUUGCGUAGGUCUUUUUUAGGAACAGUAGUAGUACCAUAAUGAAUAUCCAAAAAUGAAGCAUUUUUCUUGUAGUUCAAAUAAAUUUUAGUAACUGCAAGAUGUCUGUAUGUUACAUCAAUAAUUUUAAUCCCUUUUUAAAGGUGGUUCGAGGAUCAGGAAUGAUUCGUUGUCUCCCGUGGAAAAUACUUGUAAUUUUUCAUCCACCGGACGCUCAGUCGACAAUUGGUGUUUUUGUACAGUGUAAUGCAGAAAGCGAAUCACUAACCUGGAGUUGUACCGCCAAAGCAACUAUUCAGUUAGUUGCUCAGAGAUCGAAUUGCAAGAAUAAAGAAAUGAAAAUUCAGCAUACUUUCACACACAAGGAAAACGAUUGGGGUUUCCAACAAUUUAUUAGUUAUGACGAGUUGCUUAAUCCAGAGAGAGGUUUCUUAUCUCCAACAGAUCCGAAAGAUACAAUUAUUAUCCGAGCUCAUAUUAAAGCUGAUGCUCCUCAUGGUGCUGAUUGGGAUUCCAAACGCCACACUGGAUUUGUUGGGCUGAAAAAUCAGGGCGCUACUUGCUAUCUAAAUUCUCUACUUCAAGCAUUGUAUUGCACAAAUAAAUUACGACGUGCAGUAUUUUUAAUGCCAACGGAAAGUGAUGAUGCCCAAACAAGUGUACCUCUGGCUCUACAGCGAGUAUUUUAUGAAUUGCAGUUCAGUAGUCGUGCUGUAGGCACUAAAAAGUUGACUCGCAGUUUUGGUUGGGCCACUUUAGACUCAUUUAUGCAACAUGAUGCUCAGGAAUUAUGUCGGGUUUUACUAGACAACUUGGAAAACAAAAUGAAAGGUACUUCAGUUGAGGAUGUUAUACCCGGACUAUUUUGUGGGAAAAUGCUUUCUUAUAUAAAUUGUAUCAACGUUCCUUAUUCUUCUAAGAGAGAAGAAAAUUUCUAUGAUAUCCAACUUAAGGUUAACGGAAAUCGUUCUGUUUAUGACGCUUUCAAUGAAUACAUUGCUAAAGAAACCCUCUCUCAAGAUAAUAAAUAUGAUGCUGGUGCUUAUGGGCUCCAAGAAGCUGAAAAAGGUGUUAUAUUUACACGAUUUCCGCCGGUAUUGUAUCUGCAACUAAUGCGUUUUCAGUAUGACUUCGUUGCUGAUACAAAUAUCAAACUAAAUGAUCGGUUUGAAUUUCCACCUAUUCUUAAGUUGGAUCAAUUUUUGGCUGAACCAAAACCAUCUACUUACAAACUUCACGCUGUACUUGUGCACUCUGGUGAUAAUCAUGGUGGUCAUUAUGUUGUAUAUAUAAAUCCAGCGCUAAAUGGUAUAUGGUAUCAGUUUGACGAUGAUGUUGUUUCACGUUGCUCACCCCGUGAUGCUAUCGAUAUGAAUUUCGGAGGUAGUGAUGAUCCUGAUAUGCGUCUUUGCACAAACGCUUAUAUGCUUGUGUAUAUCGCAGAUUCCGCGAAAGAUGAUGUUUUAUGCCCUGUUUCUGAGAUAGAUAUUCCUGAGACAUUACGCGAGCGAUUCAUGGAUGAACAAAAAAUGGAUGAGGCUAAAAGAAAACAAAAAGAAAAGGUUCAUUUAUAUGUCGCUAUUCAGUUAAUACUUGAAGAGGACUUCUAUGGUUGGCAAGGUCCAGAUUUGUGUAGUCAAGAGUUAUUGCCCAGUCGGAUGUUACGCGUUCAAAAACAAACUGUUCGUCCGAAAUUACUAGAAGAUGUAGCAAGUGUGUUGCAUUAUCAGCCUGAAGGAAUACGUUUGUGGCGGUUUCAACCUCGACGUAAGAACAUGCCUACUCAUCUAAUUGAACUUUGUGAUAAUCAACCAUUAUGCGCUAUGAAAGAUGCUCUCAUAUUUUUUGUUCAGUCCGAUACUUCGACUAAUUCAUUUAUUCCUCGUGUGGAUAAAGAACAAACUGUGAUAGAUCGACACUUGUUUUUCCUCAAAUAUUUCGAUCCAUUCACUUGGACGUCAACAUUUUGUGGCCAUGUGGAAAUUCGCAGAGAAGAAUCGUUGAGGGUUAUUGAACCAAUAGCUCGCGAACGGGUUGGAUUACCUUCUAAUUGUAAAUUAAUGUUUUUCCAAGACGAUGCGAAAUCUUUGAUAUCUGAAAUUACACAACUUGAUAUCCCAAUAUCUAAAAUGUAUAAACGCGAUAUCCAAGGACAAAUUUUGUACUUCCAAGCUAAAUCAAUGAAUUGCUCAAUCCCACUACCAUUUGGAUUGAUGGAAACCACUGAGAUGGGAAAAGAAGCGUUGAGCAGUUUGGUAGAUGAUGCGCAUGUUUUGUCGUCUGUCGAAAGUCCUCUUCUUACUGACAACAGCCAGGUUAUUGGUAUGAAUGGUAUAGUCAUCCCUUCAAAUAUCGUGGACGAUAAUGUUAGUGGUAACGCAGAUGUUUGCAGAGAUAUUUCGGAGUCUUCUGUUGUCUCGUUAUCGAAUAUUGAUUCCAUUACUUUGCAUAAAAUGGCUACUUUCCCAGCAGUAGCUGGCAAUAAAUCUCGAUCUUGUAUGAAUCUGAUGGGUCAACCGAUUACGGCGGAUUUACAAACGCAAACAAUCUCAUCUGCAGAAAAACUGACGAUUUUUGAUUACUUCAGCAGUUAUAUACGUCAGUUCGAAAUAUUAUUGGUGGAUAAGCUUAGACCUCAGGACGCUGGGAUUCUCAUUCAGGUGUCAGCCGAUCUUACGUAUUGGGAAUUCGCCAAUGUUGCUGCAGCUUACCUAUCAACGCAAAGUAACCGUCUUCAAUUUUUCCGUUCACAACAAGGAUUUGGCAAUACGACGGAUGCUGUUAAUGCACCAAUUUAUGUCUCACCUGUCUCCACUGGGACUGGUGUCACUGGAAUUGAACUUGCAUCUCCACCUAUCAGUUCAGAAACUACAGAGAACACUUGUGGCAAUAACAACGUUUGUUCUGUAGAGAGUGGGGCUUUAGGAGUUACAGGAACUCGUGGAUCACCAAUUCAUCCUCAUUUGUUAACAGCCAAAUCAUCUGGUUUCCCAACGUCGUCACCCUACUUAAAUUCACUUGUGGCAGCAGCAGCCGCUCAGGGUUUGAUGCGAGAACCUCCCGGUCCUGCAAUCAGCUCUUCAUAUUCUGGUACAUUGCAGGAAUUUUUCCUUCCGUUUACUGUUGCGCACACGAAUACUUCAUGGGCUUCUGAUGUUGGUGGUAUCGGGCCAGGUUUAGUUAACAGCGGAAAUACAUUGUCAGGGACUGGUGGAAAUACCCCCACUCCAGAUCGCUUCCCAAUACCGCUCAAUCGUUUUUGUGGUGCUGUGACUGUUAGCCGUUCUCCUUUGGGUCCUGUUACUUCUUCCCCACCUCGUCGUGUGUACUACGCACAUCUGGCUAUUCGAAUUGAUGAACUUGAAACAAUGCGUCAAGUUCGUGUGGUUUAUGUUGGGCAAAAAUUAUCGGAAAAGGCAGAAUUAAUUCUUUCAGUACCCCAGAAUGGUUUAGUUUUUGAUCUUUUAAAAGAAGCUUCUCGUCAUUUAGUCUUGCCUCCUGGUGGUUCUGGCCAACUGCGUUUACUCAAAAUCUCUCGUAAUCGAAUUAUACAAGAGUAUCCUCCAACACAAAAACUUUCACUCAUACCUGAAUCUGCUGUGUUUCCCCAAACAUAUGCAGGGUCGUCUCCUAUUCAUAGUCUUCGGAUUGAAGAAAUUCCUCUUGACGAAAUAAACUUGAAACCUGACGAAACUGUAGUGUACGUUUCUCAUUUUGACAAAGCUUUCACAGAGACUUUCGGGGUGCCGUUUACUGUACGCAUUCGAGAUGGAGAAAAUUACACUGCAGUGCGCGAGCGUAUACGUAAACGACUAGAAGUACCUGAAAAGGAGUUUGACCGUUGGCGAUUCGCUGUAAUUUAUCCAACUGAGGGUGCUUACAUCCCGAAUGAAGGGGAUCCCACAGUGCAGAUAAAAAGAUUUACUCACUAUUGUCUUCCUGAAAGUCGCCCAUGGUUGGGAAUUGAUCAUAAGCCAUCUAAACGUCCUCGUUAUGCUCCAAAUGAAAAACCUAUCAAGAUUCAUAAUUAAAAAAUUCAUUCAUUGAUUUGUGCGUAAUAUAUCUUCACUUCGUUUCUUGCGCGACUUAGUUUUGAAGAUACUCUUUCCUUCAGUUAUCUGCAGGCUAACUGUAAAACCAGUGACUUUUAACCAGCUUUUCAUAUUACCAGUUGUGAAUGACUUUCAAAAGCUUCGUUAACAUAUUCAUAGGUUCGAUGGAUUAUCUUUUUCACCUUGUCAGUACUUUGAAUAAUUAUCUAGUACUCCGCAGUGCUUGUGUUUGUCACUUUCACUGUGACAAUAUUCAUGUAAUUUCUUAGCUUUGCUGUUUGUAUUGUGCAUAUGAGACAAAUGUGAUGCUCUCAAAUGCUCAAGAUUCUUCGUACCUAUUUUGAAUUAAGUUGAGCUUGUCCACCGUCUGCAACACUAAUUAUGCCGUAAAGUGUUGUUGUCUAACUCUCAACCAAAUUUAUGAAUUACUUCGAAGCAUUUUAGAUCAAUUGUAUUGAAUAAAAUUUAUCUGCACAGAAAAUCUGAUAUUAUUUAUUUGUACGUGUUUGCUUUAUUUGUACUAAUCAUUUUCACACCAUUCAGUUAGUUUUUGAGCUAUAUACGUUAAGUGUUUUUCGGUCAGUCAGUUCAUAGCUCUGACUUAUUAUUCCCUAAUUUCUCCCACUUAUCUACAUGUACUAAUAGGCAAUAGUUUGUUAUAUUGUUGGUACAUCUGGUUUGUGUACAGAUGUAUAGCAUAAAAAUCCUAGGUGUAUCGUUUUAUUAAUACUAAAAGCUAUUUGACUUCAGUAUC